GGCGGGACGAGGAGGGGAAGCGGCAGGGCAGAAGGAGCGUUCGCCGCCCCUUUCCUCGGUGGGGCUGUGCUGGAGCCACCGCCGGGGAUGCGGGUCUGAGCGGCAGCGGGGGAAGGCGCUGGAUUUAAAGCAGCCGAGGGGUCGGGUCUGCAGCGGGCAUCGCCUCUUCUGCGCCUCCUCUCCCGGCUCCGCCAGCCGCUGUCGCUGCUGGGAAGAGAUCAGUUUCUUGAUGAGCUGCAGCUGAAAUAUUUAACACUUCACACUUAUGCCACUGGAGAUGGAGCCCAAAGCUAACAAUCUCGUUUUCGGGUGUCAGCGAAGCUCAACAUCUGACGAUGAUUCUGGCUGUGCCUUGGAAGAAUAUGCCUGGGUCCCCCCAGGCCUCAGGCCAGAGCAGGUCCAGCUGUAUUUCGCCUGCUUGCCAGAGGAGAAGGUCCCCUACGUUAACAGCCCUGGAGAGAAACACCGAAUUAAACAACUUCUUUAUCAGCUUCCACCCCACGAUAAUGAGGUGAGAUACUGCCAGUCUUUAAGUGAAGAAGAAAAGAAGGAGCUGCAGAUGUUCAGUUCUCAACGGAAAAAGGAGGCACUGGGCCGAGGCACAAUUAAACUGCUCUCAAGGGCAGUGAUGCAUGCAGUUUGUGAACAGUGUGGCACAAAAGUCAAUGGUGGUGAAGUUGCAGUUUUUGCCUCACGAGCUGGGCCUGGUGUGUGCUGGCAUCCCUCAUGUUUUGUGUGCUUCACGUGUAACGAGCUGCUCGUUGACCUGAUCUACUUCUACCAAGAUGGAAAAAUUCACUGUGGCAGACACCAUGCUGAACUUCUCAAACCUCGCUGUUCAGCCUGUGAUGAGAUAAUUUUUGCUGAUGAGUGUACAGAAGCUGAGGGUCGCCACUGGCACAUGAAGCACUUCUGUUGCCUCGAGUGUGAAACAAUCCUGGGUGGACAGAGAUACAUCAUGAAGGAUGGGCGACCGUUCUGCUGUAACUGUUUUGAAUCUCUGUAUGCAGAAUACUGUGAGACCUGUGGGGAACACAUUGGUGUUGACCACGCUCAGAUGACCUAUGAUGGACAGCACUGGCACGCCACAGAGACUUGCUUUUCUUGUGCUCAGUGCAAGACCUCUUUGCUUGGCUGCCCUUUCCUUCCCAAACAAGGGCAGAUUUACUGUUCAAAAACCUGCAGCUUGGGAGAGGAUGUUCAUGCUUCCGACUCUUCCGAUUCUGCAUUUCAGUCUGCUCGAUCCAGAGAUUCCAGGAGGAGCAUACGCAUGGGAAAAAGCAGCAGGUCGGCCGACCAGUGUCGCCAGUCUCUCCUCCUGUCACCAGCCCUCAAUUACAAAUUUUCUGGCCUUUCAGACAAUGCUGAUGAUACUCUUUCUCGUAAGCUGGAUGAUUUAAGUCUUUCAAGGGAAGAGGCAAACUUUGUUAAUGAAGAUUUCUGGAAAGGAAGAGUAGAGCAAGAAAUGCCUGAAGACCCUGAAGAAUGGGCUGAACAUGAAGACUACAUGACUCAGCUUCUUCUGAAGUUUGGUGAUAAAAGCCUCUUCCAGCAGCCAGCUGAAGUAGACAUUAGAUCAAGCGAACACUGGAUUUCUGAUAGCAUGGUCAAGAGCAAGUUGGACUUGAAAAAAAAUAAUCCAAGCCUAGCAAGUAAGAAGUAUCAAUCAGACAUGUAUUGGGCCCAGUCACAGGAUGGCUUAGGUGACUCUGCCUAUGGCAGCCACCCAGGCCCUGCCAGCAGCAGGAAGAUACAGGAGCUAGACAUGGAACACGGGGCAUCGGGAUACAAACAUGACCAAACACCAUGGUAUGGAGGUUCGCUUGAAUGUUUGUCUGACCUGAAACAGCAAGAACAAAGUGUUCGAGACUCGAUGGAUUCUUUGGCUUUGUCUAAUAUAACAGGGGCUUCAAUGGAUGGAGAAGGCAAGCCACGGCCAUCUCUCUAUUCUUUGCAAACUUUCCAAGAACUGGAGAUAGAGGACUGUGAGAAAAUGAGCAACAUGGGAACUCUGAAUUCUUCGAUGCUCCACCGGAGCACGGAGUCCUUGAAGAGUCUGAGCUCAGAGUUGUGUCAGGCAAAGGUCUCGCCAGAGGAAAAGCCAGUGCAUAUGCCUGUACUGAGAAGAUCUAAAUCCCAGUCUAGACCACAGCAAGUGAAGUUUUCAGAUGAUGUUAUUGAUAAUGGAAGUUACGAGAAUGUUGAAAUACGUCAGCCUCCGAUGAGUGAAAGGACUCGUAGGCGUGUUUACCAUUUUGAAGAGCGUGGAAACCGGCCUUCUCAUCAUCGUAGAAGAAGCAGGAAGUCUCGUUCAGAUAACGCACUUAACUUGGCUGCAGAAAGAAGAUGCUCUCCCAGAGAGAGAUUUCGUUAUUACUCUCCUCAGGAUCAUGAAAAAUUUAUUCAGAAUAGAAGCUCACGUGAUAUCCGGUCAUAUAUUCAAAAUGCAGAGCUGUAUGGACAAUACGCCCAUACUAGGUCUGAUUAUGCACUGAGGAAUCAGGUGGUUGAUAAAUUUUUUGGAUUGUAUGGUGAGGAAGAUGACUCCUGGUGUUCAACUUCAUCUUCAUCGUCUGAUUCUGAAGAGGAAGGAUAUUUCCUAGGACAGCCAAUUCCACAGCCACGAUCACUGAGAUAUCCGUACUACACAGAUGACCUUUCUGGUCCAACUACUGCGUUAUCUAGUUCUCAGUUUGGACAAAGGACGACCAAAUCAAAGAAGAAGAGGGGACACAAAGGAAAAAAUUGCAUCAUUUCUUAAUUUGUUUUAACAGUGGGGAAGACCAGUCAACCCUGUAGCUACAAUUUGAACCACAUCUUUUUAUAUUAAUAAUUGUACUUAGGCAAGUUGCUAUGGUUCUUAAUGCUUUGCCAGUGUAAAUGAUAAUCCUGCCAGAGUUUACAUUGUACAAGUAACUUUCAGAAAUGUCGCCAUGCCAAACGACGAUCUCCUCAGAUGUUGCUAGAUUUACAUAUCAGGUUUCAGCUGUCAAAAUACAGUUAUUGCAGUUCUUGAUACAGACUUUUUGUAGACAUUUUAUUUUAUGCUCUCUAUUCACUUAUGUUGAAAUAUCUGAAGAGGAAAUUCAACAAAGAUCAAGAAGUAAAAUCUUCGGUCCUGUGCUGUAGCUAUACCUACACAGGGUGAUCUUUGACUUCCUCCUCUUACCGCCCAGAAAAAGAAGGCUUUAUACUGUGCCCUUUCUUUAUUUAUAAAACUCACUCUUCCUUUUUCAAGUUUCUCUAAAAAACCAAGAUUUUUUUUUUUUUUUUUUUAAAUUUGGGAAAAUGCUCCUUUUCCAAAGAGUCCACUCUUAAGGAGGCAAAAAUCCAAACUGAAAUGCUUGAGGCCUUGAUAUAUCCUAAAUGUUUUUCCCUCCACGUUUUUUUU